AUGCGACUCGCACCAGGACUGUUGGCGCUGACCGUGGGCGUACCGCUUUUCCGUGCGUCUCUCGCGCUGCCCACGCCCAUGAUGGAAGGAGAGGGGCUGGAAGAGCUCGUCGAUACCGUGAGACUGUUCGGGGAGUCGUCCGCGGAGGUGCUGGACAGCUUUGACGCAGACGCAGCAGGGCGGCGCCUGGGCGACUCUCCGAUCAGCGGGGUCGUCACGGAGCCGUAUGCACGAGUUCGGCUGGGCAUCGCGGCGACUGAGCGCUUCCAGUCGUUUGGACGCCAUCCAAUGCCUGUGGAGCGCGCGCGACACGCCGAGGAGCUGCUCCAAAGCAUGCACGGCCCUGACUACGACGGGCGACCCCCGCGAAGAGUCGCGGACGACGAGAAGGAGGGCGGCGACCUCAGUAGAGGAGAGUGGACGCCACACGAGACGGCACCGUCGACUCCACGACCACUACCGUCAGCACGCGACAACGCGAUCGAGUUGAGUCCAACGAGCGAGCAGAUCGAGCGGAUCCGCGAGCAGUUGCAUGAGGACCGUCGCAAGACGCCGAGAGCAAAGUGGCCACUGAAGAUACCACAGGCGUUGCGGAGGGUGCUUCCAGGAGGCGGGUCCAGCUAUGCAGCCUCGGGCGACUUGUCCAAGUUGCAGUGGUGGGCCAAAGCCAAGCAACGAGAUUGA